GAAAAAUACUUGGGAAAGAAAAAAGAGUUCAUCUUCAACUCUGAUCCCACUCUCGUCACUUUCUCCUCCCCGUCGACCUAGUAAGCUUGCCUCUCUCUGUCUUCUACACUCAGCUAAUCGGUCCCAGAAAGAGCAACGACAAAAAAUGACUCAAGACGUUGAGAUGAAAGACAACAACCACACCCCUUCUCAAUCCAUCAUCUCUUCCACCACCUCCACUCUGCUUCAUUUGAAGGAGAUUGCAGCUCUGAUCGAUACUGGAUCCUACACCAAGGAGGUUCGCCGCGUUGCUCGCGCCGUGCGUCUCACGAUCGGACUCAGGCGUAAGCUCACCGCCUCGGUGCUAUCUUCUUUCCUCGACUUCGCUUUGAUUCCAGGAUCCGAGCCUCACUCUCGCCUUUCCUCCUUUGUUCCUAAGGGUGAUGAACAUGAUAUGGAAGUUGAUACAGCUUCAUCUGUUGCAAAAGCUGCUUCUUCUAAGCACCUACCUGCUGAGCUCGAGAUCUACUGCUACUUCAUUCUUCUUCUUUUUCUCGUUGAUCACAAGAAGUACAAUGAGGCUAAAGCUUGUUCUUCAGCAAGCAUUGCUCGUCUCAAGAACUUAAACAGGAGGACCAUCGAUGUGAUUGCUUCAAGGCUCUACUUUUACUACUCCUUGAGCUACGAGCAGACCGGUGACCUUGCUGAAAUACGCGGCAAUCUUCUCGCAUUGCAUCAUUCUGCAACACUACGCCACGAUGAGCUUGGUCAGGAAACACUUUUAAACCUUUUGCUUCGUAACUACCUGCACUACAAUCUGUACGAUCAAGCAGAGAAGCUAAGAUCAAAGGCACCUCGGUUUGAGGCACAUUCGAACCAGCAGUUCUGUAGGUACCUCUUCUACCUCGGGAAGAUCAAAACCAUUCAGCUGGAGUACACAGAUGCAAAAGAAAGCCUCCUUCAGGCAGCCAGGAAAGCCCCUAUUGCAGCUCUGGGGUUCAGAAUCCAGUGCAAUAAAUGGGCGGUUUUGGUUCGCCUCCUACUUGGUGAGAUUCCUGAGAGGUCAGUUUUCACUCAGAAGGGCAUGGACAAGGCUCUGUGGCCUUACUUCGAGCUCACCAAUGCGGUGAGGAUAGGGGACUUGGAGCUGUUCAGGACAGUGCAGGAGAAGUUCUCAGACACAUUUGCUCAAGACCGAACGCACAAUCUCAUCGUUAGACUACGCCACAAUGUCAUCAGGACUGGACUUCGCAACAUCAGCAUCUCGUACUCGAGAAUCUCCCUUCCCGAUGUCGCCAAAAAGCUGAGGCUCAACUCCGAGAACCCUGUGGCUGACGCCGAAAGCAUCGUGGCAAAGGCCAUACGCGACGGGGCGAUCGAUGCGACCAUCGAUCACAAAAACGGGUACAUGGUGUCGAAAGAAACAGGGGACAUCUACUCGACGAACGAGCCGCAGACAGCGUUUAACUCGAGAAUCGCUUUCUGCCUCAACAUGCAUAACGAGGCGGUGAGAGCGUUGAGGUUUCCUCCUAAUACUCACAAGGAGAAAGAGAGCGACGAGAAGAGGAGAGAGAGGAAGCAGCAAGAGGAAGAGUUGGCUAAGCAUAUGGCUGAGGAAGACGAUGAUGAUUUUUAGAGAGAGAGAUAACCUCUGUCUGUCCGCUAGAGUUUGUUUACUGUCCACUCUGUUUCUUGUUUCUGCUCCAAACUUUUAUUUUUUCCUCGUUCUAAGUUUUUUUAUUACUGAGUUUUUAUUUUGUUCCUUUGUAUGACUUUGGUUCCAACUUUAGAAAGGAAAUUUAUAUGGCUGGUUGUAUACU